GUUAGAAGUUUCUUGUAGCAAUUAAUUUAUUAGCAGACUUAGAACACAAUUUUUUUUCCCGUAUAGACCACAAAAAACACCAAGUAUAAAAAUGAGUGAUCAACACCAUGUCAAAGUGAAGGAAUUAAAAGCCAAAAUCGCUCAGAAUGAAAGAAUGCGUGAUAAGGCUUAUCAAUUGAAGCCUUUGCUUACAGACCGCAACGCACUCUCGCAAUGUGACACUGAAAUUCGGGAGUGUCAAAAAUAUAUUGACUAUUUUCAUGACGAGCUUGUCAAGUUGGAAUCGCGAAAAGAUGCCGAUACUUCAAACACCUUACUGAAUACGAAUAAAGAUCAGACACAAAGUGCUAAACGACUUAGUGGCAAUGAACCAUCACCUCGUCCAAGCAGCACAGAAGGUCGUGAUAUCAAGAAAUAUUCAACUUUGGAUUUGCUGACAACUGAAUCUUUAUUCAACAAGUCAAAGGUUUCUUUAAAGUUGCAUGAGUUGGAGUAUAAACUUGAUGUGGAAAGAAAAGUGUUAGCAGGCAUUAAAACAAUGGCUGACGUUGUAGAUAAAGAUCCUUCUUCGAGUGACAGAAAGAGAAAGAUUGAACUUCAAGGUCAAAUGAACGAAAGCAUUGAAAAAUUGAAUCUACUCGCAAAGGCUCUGCGAAAAUAUAAAAGUCUUUAUAUUGGUGAAGAUGAUGAUGAGGAUGAUUAUGAACUAGAAACCCCUCCCUCAGCACGCAUCCCACCCGGUUUCAGAAGACCAGUGACGGGUUUAUUACAACUAGAGCUCAUACAAGCCCGUGGCAUUGCUCAUGCUCCGACACGAAUGUUCAAAACACCUGAUACCGUUGUAUAUGUCAAAAUUGAUGGUAAUGUCGUGUACAAGUCGAAGUUGUCCCGCAACGAUAAAUGGGGAGACGUAUGUGAAACCCAUGUAAAUAAGGCUACAGAGGUCGAAAUUUCAAUUUAUGACCAGGAAGCAGAACGUACUCUUCCCAUUGGUAUCUUUUGGUUGAAAAUCACUGAUAUUGCUGAAGGCCUACGUAAAAAGAAGAUUCAACAAGAGAGUGGUCCUGGUUGGGUCCCCGCUGAAGUGUAUCAAAAAAGGGAAAGUAGGCAUGGGCCUAAUCCUGUUCCAAACCAGCCUCAACCUCAACAGCCAAAGCAUGUAGAAUCCACUCAAGAAGGUAUUCAAGCUUGGUUUGAUGUUGAACCUUCUGGUGAAAUGCUACUUCGUGUAAACUUUGUUCGCGAGGCCGCAAACCGUCGCCCCCUCGAUAAGCUCGGUCGUGCUGGUGCGGUAAGACAAAGACGCGAAGAAGUUCACGAAAUGAACGGUCAUCAGUUUUUCGAAAAAAAGUUUUACAAUAUUAUGCGGUGUGCUCUAUGCAGCGAAUUUAUGGUCAAUAACGGAUAUCAGUGUGAAGACUGCAAUUAUACUUGUCACAAAAAGUGCUUUACAAAAGUGGUUACCAAAUGUAUUUCCAAAGCAAACGCUGAUCGGGAUUCCGAUGAAGAUAAGCUUAAUCAUAGGAUACCCCAUCGAUUUGAGCCUAUUACCAAUAUUGGUGCAAAUUGGUGUUGCCAUUGUGGUUAUAUGCUUCCUCUUGGUGCAAAAGGAGCAAAGAAAUGUUCUGAAUGCGGAAUCACUUGUCAUACCAAAUGUCAGCAUUUUAUUCCUGAUUUUUGCGGUCUGUCCAUGGAAAUGGCUAACCAAAUGCUAUCUGAAAUUAAGGCUGCUAACAAAAGAAAAACCUUGGAUGGGCCUGUCACUCCAUCUACUUCAUCUAAUGCGAUCUCUAAACCAACCCGUUUAUCAAAACACGAGGAUAAUCUAUUGACAGAACAAAUGAGCCAUGUAUCAAUAAAUCAGCCAAAUCCCAUAUCUACUCCUCAACAACAGCAAAAGCAACAGAAUAUCGUAUCUACCGGACGAACACAAGCAUCAACACCUCCAACAUUACCACCCCAUGGGCAGCCUUAUGUUCCUCAUCAAUAUCCAAUGGUUAGCAAUGAUUCCAGCCAUCAUAAUCAACAGCAGGGCCAUUAUUAUACACCCACAGCUGGUGAUACUGUGAGUGCUCGACCAGGACAUGUCGCGCCACCUUCUAAAAAAGAUGCCAUAUCGAGACCACAGGCAAAGGCCCAAAUGCCACAACAACAGGUCACAACUCGCCCAAAUGAUAGACGAGUAACGUUGAAUGAUUUUAAUUUUUUGUUCGUGCUCGGUAAGGGUAACUUUGGUAAGGUCAUGUUGGCUGAAGACAAAUAUGAUAAGAAGUUGUAUGCUGUUAAAGUGUUAAAAAAGAGGUUUAUUAUCGACAAUGAUGAAAUUGAAAGCGUUCGUUCCGAAAAACGUAUCUUCCAAGCAGCAAAUCGUGAAAGACAUCCUUUUCUUAUUGGACUUCAAUCGUGUUUCCAGACUGAAUCUCGUGUCUAUUUUGUUAUGGAGUAUGUUAGUGGUGGUGAUUUGAUGUACCAUAUUCAACGGGAACCAUUCUCCGAAAGAAGAGCCAAAUUUUAUGCAUGUGAAGUGCUAUUAGCGCUUGAAUAUUUCCACAGCCAAGGUAUUAUCUACCGUGACUUAAAGUUGGAUAACAUUAUGCUUGGCCUCGAUGGACAUAUUAAGGUGGCAGAUUACGGUCUUUGUAAGGAGAAUAUGUUUCAAGAUGACACUACUGGUACAUUCUGUGGCACACCAGAGUUUAUGGCACCCGAAAUUCUGUUGGAACAGAAAUACGGUCGUGCUGUGGAUUGGUGGGCAUUUGGUGUACUUGUAUAUGAAAUGUUGCUCGGCCAGUCACCUUUCCGUGGUGAAGAUGAGGACGAAAUUUUCGAUGCAAUUUUGGAAGACGAAAUUCUCUAUCCUGUAAAUAUGUCAAGAGACUCUGUUUCGAUCUGUCAAAGACUAUUGACACGCGAUCCUAAGAGAAGAUUGGGUUCUGGUCCAUCUGACGCUGCUGAAAUUAAGAAUCACCCCUUUUUCUAUGGCGUGAACUGGGAUGAUAUGCUUGCUAAGCGUGUUUCUCCCCCGUUCUGUCCGUCUGUGAGUGGGCCUUUAGACACAUCCAACUUUGAUGAAGAAUUCACUCGUGAAAUCCCUGCUUUAACCCCAAUUAAUAGCGCCCUAAACCGUGUUGAGCAACAGGAAUUCCAGUCGUUCUCGUAUGUUGCCGAUUGGACUCAAACAGCCCCAUCUCAUUAUUAGUCUGUAUGUAUCAAUGAUAUUCCCUCCCCCAUCUCCUCCUCCCUCUAUAUAUAUAUGUAUAUAUAUAUAUAAAAGUAAAUAGCGGCCGCAUUAACAAUUAU